CAUAUUCAUAUAACGAUGUCCAACUAUACAUCUGAUGCUACGAAUCGUAGACUGUUGGAAAGCGACUGGAUUUUCAUUGGGAUUUCCGGAGUUACAAACGGCGGCAAGACUCACCUGACGGAAUACCUCAAGCAGCGUUUCCCAGGGUCAGUCACGAUAAACCAAGAUACUUUCUUCAGGUCGGAACAGGAUCCGAAUCACGUGAUGGUAGCCGAGCUCAACCAUGCUAAUUGGGAAGCAAUGUGCAGCAUUGACUGGGACAGGCUACUCGACACCAUAAAUGAGACGACGAAUCAGCCUCCAACGGGCGAACCGUUGUUUUUCGUAGAGGGUCACAUCAUUUUCAAUCACCCCAAGCUCGUGCAGCUUUUUCGUAGGAAGUAUUUCUUCACAUUGACCGAGGAAGAGUGCUACAACCGUCGACGGUACCGUACGUACGAUCCGCCCGACCCACCUGGGUACUACGAUCUUGUCGUGUGGCCAAUGUACCUCAAAAACAAGGAAGAGAUGGAGAGGAGCGUCAAGGAUGUUAUUUACCUCGAUGGAGCCGGGAACCAAGAGGAAAUACACAGAGCUGUGGGUGAUGAGAUACAGAAACUGCUUGUAGAGUUGUCGUAUGAUCAUUGUUCCUGAUCCAGAUGACACCUUUGGCAUUUGUCAUAUAAUUGUUAUAAAUAGCUCUAUUACAGAAAAAUAAACUUCAUUCAUUCAUGUUUCA